GCCUCCUCGCGGGAUCAGCAGCCCCGGGAAUGACGCCGCCGCCGCCGCCGCUCUAGAGCCAACACACACUCUGCCAUCCAUCCAUCCAUCCAUCCAUCCUGCGUCGCUCGUGUCUGCGUGUGCGUGUCCCCAGGUGCUUGUGCAUGUGUCUCCGUGUCCUUCCAGCCUAGCCUGAGCAUCCCCCACUUCUCACCAUGAUUGCGGCAGCCUUCCUGGUGCUGCUGAGACCUUACAGCAUCCAAUGUGCCCUCUUCCUUUUGCUGCUUCUGCUGGGGACCAUCGCCACCAUCCUCUUCUUCUGCUGCUGGCACCGCAGGCUGCAGAAGGGGAGGCAUCCCAUGAAAUCUGUCUUUUCGGGUCGUUCCAGGAGCCGAGAUGCGGUCGUGAGAUCUCACCACUUGCGUUCAGAGGGAUUUAGAGCAAGUCCUCGCCAUACCAGGAGAAGGGUAGCCGCCCGCCUAGAAGAAACUGAGCCUUUAGCAGAAGUACAUCAUCAGAGCGAACAAGAAACUUCAGUAAGAAAAAGAAAACUCAAGAAAAGCAGUCGAGUUCAGCCAGAAUUUUACCACUCCGUUCAAGUUCCUUCAACUAGAAAACCUAGCUCUGGGAACGCGUCCUAUCGCUGCUCUAUGUCUUCCUCUGCGGAUUUUUCUGAUGAAGAUGAUUUCAGCCAGAAAUCAGGCUCUGCAUCCCCGGCUCCAGGGGACACAUUACCCUGGAAUCUCCCCAAGCAUGAGAGAUCCAAGAGAAAGAUUCAAGGUGGUUCAGUGCUGGAUCCUGCGGAGAGAGCUGUGCUGAGGAUAGCAGACGAACGGGACAAAGUUCAAAAGAAAACGUUCACAAAGUGGAUAAAUCAGCAUCUCAUGAAGGUUCGAAAGCAUGUGAAUGAUCUCUAUGAAGACUUACGGGAUGGACACAACUUGAUCUCUCUCUUAGAAGUUCUUUCAGGUGAUACCUUGCCAAGAGAGCGAGAUUUUUUGAAGACCUUACGGUUGGUGAGUUCAACAGAAGCAUGCGAGUAUGAACAGCAUGAGGAUGUGGAGGAUGAGGAUAAGGGGCCCCGGGAGAAAGGUCGGAUGCGUUUUCACAGACUACAGAAUGUACAAAUUGCACUUGACUAUUUGAAAAAACGCCAGGUGAAACUAGUGAAUAUUAGGAAUGAUGACAUAACAGAUGGUAAUCCCAAAUUGACUUUGGGAUUAAUAUGGACAAUAAUUUUGCACUUUCAGAUAUCUGAUAUCCAUGUUACUGGAGAGUCAGAGGAUAUGUCUGCUAAGAGGAUUGCUAUUAUGACACAGCAGACAACUGAAGGCUAUGCUGGAAUUCGUUGUGAAAAUUUCACUACCUGCUGGAGAGAUGGAAAAUUAUUUAAUGCCAUCAUUCAUAAAUACAGGCCGGACCUGAUAGACAUGAAUACCGUUGCUGUUCAAAGCAACCUUGCAAAUUUAGAACAUGCUUUUUAUGUAGCAGAAAAAAUUGGUGUCAUAAGACUUCUUGACCCUGAAGAUGUUGACGUCUCCUCACCUGAUGAAAAGUCAGUGAUAACAUAUGUGUCAUCACUCUACGAUGCAUUUCCCAAGGUACCAGAAGGUGGCGAAGGCAUCAGUGCUAAUGAUGUUGAAGUUAAGUGGAUUGAAUACCAGAAUAUGGUGAACUACCUCAUCCAGUGGAUCAGGCACCAUGUUACCAUAAUGUCUGACAGAACAUUUCCCAACAAUCCUGUAGAACUAAAGGCACUUUAUAAUCAAUAUUUACAAUUUAAAGAAACAGAAAUUCCACCAAAGGAGAUUGAAAAGUCAAAAAUUAAACGUCUCUAUAAAUUACUGGAGAUUUGGAUAGAGUUUGGACGCAUCAAACUCCUUCAGGGCUACCAUCCAAAUGAUAUAGAAAAAGAGUGGGGAAAACUCAUUAUUGCCAUGCUUGAGCGGGAGAAGACUUUACGGCCAGAAGUAGAAAGGUUGGAAGUGUUGCAGCAGAUUGCCAGCCGAGUUCAGAGGGACAGUAUAGUUUGUGAAGACAAAUUGAUACUUGCUCGAAAGGCCCUGCAGGCUGAUUCUAAAAGAUUAGAAUCAGGGCUGCAGUUCCAAAAUGAAGCAGAAAUUGCUGGAUACAUACUUGAAAGUGAGAAUCUUUUACGCCAGCAUGUAAUUGAUGUACAAAUUCUUAUCGAUGGAAAAUACUAUCAGGCUGAUCAUCUGGUACAGAGGGUUGCAAAACUACGUGAUGAAAUUAUGGCCUUAAGAAGUGAAUGUUCUUCUGUGUACAGCAAAGGACGCUCCUUGACAACAGAACAGACAAAGCUUGUGAUAUCAGGAAUAACACAAAGUUUAAACUCAGGAUUUGCACAGACCUUAAAUCCCUGUUUAAACUCGGGGCUGACCCAGAGUUUAACACCUUCACUUACCCCUUCCAGUGUGACAUCAGGCCUAUCAUCAGGUCUAACUUCCAGAUUGACUCCAUCUGUCACCCCUGCCUAUACGCCUGGCUUUCCAUCAGGAUUAAUUCCAAAUUUUGGAUCGGGGGUAGACACCAAUUCAUUGCAAACACUCAAGCUGAUGCAAAUCCGAAAACCACUCCUGAAAUCCUCUUUGUUAGAUCAGAAUUUAACUGAAGAGGAAAUCAAUAUGAAGUUUGUUCAGGAUCUCUUGAAUUGGGUGGAUGAAAUGCAGGUGCAACUGGAUCGAACUGAAUGGGGUUCCGAUUUACCAAGUGUUGAAAGCCAUUUAGAAAAUCAUAAAAAUGUUCACAGAGCUAUUGAAGAAUUCGAAUCCAGCCUUAAAGAAGCUAAAAUCAGUGAGAUCCAAAUGACCGCUCCCCUCAAACUCACAUAUGCAGAAAAGUUGCACAGAUUGGAGAGUCAGUAUGCAAAACUCUUGAAUACUUCCAGGAAUCAGGAGCGACACCUAGAUACUCUUCACAACUUUGUCUCUCGAGCCACCAGUGAGCUUAUUUGGUUGAAUGAAAAAGAGGAAGAGGAAGUUGCUUAUGACUGGAGUGAAAGAAAUUCAAACAUAUCUAGGAAAAAGGAAUACCAUGCAGAAUUAAUGAGAGAACUUGAUCAAAAGGAAGAAGUGAUUAAAUCGGUUCAGGAAAUAGCAGAGCAGCUACUUCUAGAAAACCAUCCUGCCAGGCUAACUAUUGAGGCAUAUAGAGCGGCAAUGCAGACACAGUGGAGUUGGAUUUUACAACUUUGCCACUGUGUUGAACAACAUAUAAAGGAAAACAGCACCUAUUUUGAGUUUUUCAAUGAUGCCAAAGAAGCAACAGACUACUUAAAGAAUUUAAAAGAUGCCAUUCAGAGGAAAUACAGCUGUGAUAGAUCUAGCAGCAUCCACAAGCUUGAAGACCUAGUCCAGGAGUCAAUGGAAGAGAAAGAAGAACUUUUGCAGUAUAAGAGCACAGUAGCAAGUCUAGUUGGCAGGGCAAAGACAAUAAUCCAGUUAAAGCCCAGGAACCCUGAUAAUCCACUCAAAACAUCCAUUCCAAUUAAAGCCAUUUGUGACUACAGACAAAUUGAGAUAACCAUUUACAAAGAUGAUGAAUGUGUAUUAGCAAGCAAUUCUCAUCGUGCUAAAUGGAAGGUCAUUAGUCCAACUGGGAAUGAAGCCAUGGUCCCAUCAGUGUGCUUUACUGUCCCUCCACCAAACAAAGAAGCCAUUGACACUGCAAACAGAAUUGAACAACAGUUUCAGAAUGUUCUGGCCCUUUGGCAUGAGUCUCACAUAAACAUGAAGAGUGUAGUUUCCUGGCAUUAUCUGGUUAAUGAAAUUGAUACAGUUCGGGCUAGCAAUGUUGCCUCAAUAAAGACAAUGUUACCUGGUGAGCAUCAACAGGUACUGAGUAAUCUAGAAUCUCGUUUUGAAGACUUCCUGGAAGAUAGCCAGGAAUCCCAAAUAUUUUCAGGCUCAGAUAUAACACAACUGGAAAAGGAGGUUAAUGUAUGCAAACAAUACUAUCAAGAACUUCUUAAAUCAGCAGAGAGAGAGGAGCAAGAAGAAUCUGUUUACAAUCUUUACAUCUCAGAAGUCCGAAAUAUCAGGCUUCGCUUGGAAAGCUGUGAAGACCGGUUGAUUAGACAGAUCCGAACCCCACUAGAAAGAGAUGAUCUGCAUGAAAGUGUGUUCAGGAUCACAGAGCAAGAGAAACUUAAAAAAGAAUUGGAUCGACUCAAAGAUGAUUUGGCGACCAUCACAGAUAAAUGUGAAGAAUUUUUUAGUCAAGCUGCAGCAUCACCAUCAACCCCAACUUUGCGUUCGGAGCUCAACAUCAUCAUUCAGAACAUGAGCCAAGUUUAUUCCAUGUCUUCCAUUUACAUAGAUAAGUUGAAAACUGUUAAUUUGGUCUUAAAAAAUACUCAGGGGGCAGAAGCACUUGUAAAACUUUAUGAAACUAAACUGUGUGAGGAAGAAGCUGUGACAGCCGACAAGAAUAAUAUUGAAAAUCUUAUGAGUACAUUAAAGCAAUGGAGAUCUGAAGUAGAUGAAAAACGGGAAGUAUUUCAUGCUUUAGAGGACGAAUUGCAGAAAGCCAAAGCCAUCAGUGAUCAGAUGUUUAUAACCUAUAAAGAACGGGAUCUUGACUUUGACUGGCACAAAGAGAAAGCAGAUCAGUUAUCUGAAAGAUGGCAAAAUGUUCACACUCAGAUUGAAAACAGAUUACGUGACUUGGAAGCCAUUGGCAAGUCUCUGAAGUACUACAGAGAUACAUAUCAUCCUCUGGAUGACUGGAUUCAGCAGGUUGAAGAUACUCAGAGAAAGAUUCAGGAAAAUCAACCUGAGAAUAGUAAAACAUUGGCAACACAAUUGAAUCAACAGAAGAUGUUGGUAUCAGAAAUAGAAAUGAAACAGAACAAAAUGGAUGAAUGCCAAAAAUAUUCAGAACAGUAUGUAACUGCUGUGAAGGACUACGAAUUACAGACAAUGACCUAUAGGGCUAUGGUAGACUCACAGCAAAAAUCCCCAGUGAAACGCAGGAGGAUGCAAAGCUCAGCUGACCUCAUCAUACAAGAGUUCAUGGACUUAAGAACACGCUACACAGCUCUGGUUACCCUAAUGACUCAAUAUAUAAAAUUUGCUGGUGACUCUUUGAAAAGACUGGAAGAAGAGGAGAAGUCACUGGAGGAAGAAAAGAAAGAACAUGUUGAAAAAGCCAAAGAGCUACAGAAAUGGGUGUCAAAUAUUAGCAAGACAUUGAAAGAGGGCGAGAAGGCUGGCAAAUCAUCCUUCUCAAAGCAGCAGAUUUCCAGUGAGGAAAUUGCCACAAGGAGGGAACAGUUGUCUGAAGCCCUUCAAACCAUACAGAUGUUUCUCGCUAAACAUGGUGAUAAAUUGACUGAUGAAGAAAGAAAUGAAAUGGAAAAGCAAGUGAAAUCUCUUCAAGAAGGUUACAACUUAUUCAGUGACUCUCUGAAACAACUUCAGGAAUCCCACAUUCUAAGAGAUGAAAAGGUGGAAGAGAAGCUGGAUAAAGUCAUUGCAGGUACCAUUGAUCAAACAACUGGAGAAGUCCUUUCAGUCUUUCAUUCAAUUUUAAAAGGCCUUGUUGAUUAUGAAACUGGAAUCAGGUUGCUGGAGAUGCAACUAGUUCUCUCUGGUCUAAUUUCACCAGAGCUAAGAAAAUGUUUUGACCUUCAGGAGGCUGAAAAUCAUGGCCUUAUUGAUGGACAGAUUCUGAUUCAACUUGAGGAACUAGGUAAAGCUAAGGAAACUAUUUCAUCAGUAUCAUCUACAACUAUCCCAGUUCUAGAUGCUUUUGAUAAAGGUAUGAUUUCAGAAUCUGUGGCCAUCAGGAUUCUUGAGAUACAGCUUUCCACAGGGUUUUUGAUCAUCCCAUCCACAGGAGAGUUCCUGACCUUACAGAAGGCUUUUCAGAGAAACCUGAUUUCUUCAGCAUUGUUUUCCAAACUCUUGGAAAGGCAAAACAUAUGCAAAGACCUUAUUGAUCCAAAUACUUCAGAGAAGGUCUCCUUAGUAGAUAUGGUUCAAAGAAGUAUCCUACAUGAAAAUACUGGAAUGCGACUGCUACCUAUUAGACCACGAGAAGGAGGUAGAAUAACACUAAAAUGUGGACGGAGGAUCAGUAUUUUAAGGGCAGCUCAUGAAGGCCUCAUAGAUCGUGAAACCAUGUUUAGACUGAUAGGAGCACAACUUCUUUCAGGCGGUUUGAUUGAUUCUGACUCAGGACAAAGAAUGACCGUUGAAGAAGCCAUGCAGGAAGGGGCAAUUGACUUAGGUACAGCUAACUGUAUUCUCACUCAUCAGGUGCAAACAGGUGGGAUCAUAAGUUCAAAUCCCCCCAAACGCUUAACGGUAGAUGAAGCAGUCCAGUGCAAUUUAAUAUCAUCUAGCAGUGCACUUUUGAUACUAGAAGCGCAAAAGGGCUUUGUUGGACUCAUUUGGCCUCAUUCUGGUGAAAUAUUUCCUGCAUCUUCCUCAUUGCAGCAGGAGUUGAUUACAAAUGAAUUGGCAUACAAAAUACUCAAUGGCAGACAAAAAAUAGCUGCUCUUUAUAUUCCUGAGACUUCCCAAGUCAUUGAUCUGGAUGCUGCUGCACAGUUAGGUGUGAUAGAUCAUAAUACAGCAUUUAUUUUAAAAAAUGUCAUACUGCCUGAUAAAAUGCCUGAUGCGGGAGAUCUGAACACUUCUUGUAAAACUGCCAGACGGUGGUUAUCCACUUGUGAGUUUCAACCAUCAACCAUGUUCCAGGAAUAUACACAGCAAGAAGAUAAUUCACAUGGAGGAGAGCAUAUGGAAACUCAGACGUUAGAACAAUCACAGAAUUUAUUCCUGUCUUAUUUGAUGAUAAAUAGCUAUAUGGAUGCAAACACAGGGGAAAGACUUUUGCUAUAUGAUGGAGACUUAGAUGAAGCUAUCAGUAUGCUAUUGGAAAAUGGAAAUACAGCAUUUAGUGCAAUGUCAGCAAAAAAAGAAUUUAUUGGCACAAAUUUAAGACAAUUUGGGGAUGUUUUAUUUAGUAGUACUGUGAAUGAAAAGGAUGAUUGCUCCCCAAGUAGUUCUGAUAGGACUUGUUUCACAGAGCCGGAGAAUGGAAUAGCUCUUCCAAAUAUGAAAAGUACAGUCAGUGAAGGACUUAACAAAAAGGACAAUCACCAUAUCAGCAAUGAGUGUGAUCAGCUGAAAUGCCUGCCUCAAAUCAUGUUGGCUAACUGUAAAACUAAGGACUUGUCUGAUGUUCACAUUCUAAAUGAUGGAGUAGAUUUAGUACAACCUAGAAAGAUGGAUGAUGAAUUGCUUAGUGGUGAUUAUGAAAAUGAAUUUAAAAGUUGCAGAGAUGGAAAUCAGGUAGGAAUAAGUGCCAGUGUAGAUAAUUGCACUUAUUCUGGAAAUAUUCAAAACGAUUUUCCAAGUGAUGCAGACAAACCUUUUUUCGGAGUCUCUACCACCAGAAGACUUUGUCCUCCAGAUGAAAUAGAAAACCAAGAUAACAGGAUCAAGGACCCCAAUACCUCUGAAAAUUCUUCAGGUGAAAAUCACUUAUUCCAUUCAGAUCAAAUGGGAGUCCAUCAGGGAAGUAAUAAUAGUGUGUUUACCCCAGAUAGCAGCUUCCAGAAAUCUCUCAUUUCUUCUUUGCCAUUCAGAGAUCAAGCUAUAUUACUUGAUCCAGAAACUGCAGAAAGUUUUCAAGGUAGACUUCUGGACAAUAUAGAUGUUAGCACCAGUCUACCAAGAGGAUCAUCUGAAUUAAAUUCAUUAGAUACUGAUUGUAAUGCUUCCCAACUGCAGUGUCAGAGGGAUGAUUUUGACAGUUCAGAAUAUUCAGGGAAUCAGAGUAAGGUCCAAAAAAUGCAAGAUGAUGUUUCUCACCCAGAAUCCAAAAGCAAUCAGAAUGACUCUGAGCUUGAAGAAUACUCGGUCAGCUCAACCCUGAGCAGUGAUACAGAGAGUGCGGAUGUACCUGAUAUUUGUGGAAUCCAUCAUCUUGAGGAAACUAAUAGGGCUAAAGAUUCUCAAGACUCUCAGUUAGAGGGGAGUGAAAGUGACACAGAGAGUGAUGAGGAUUCAUAUAGUACUCCACUGUUAGAAGAUGAUGACCACGAUUCUCUACUUCUUGAAGACGAUGAUUAUGAUUGUUUGGAACCUGAAGACUUUGAUAUGCUGCAGCGUGAAGCAGAUGGUACCCCUCAUCGUGGAUGUGUUUGUGCUGGCAUUUCAGUGGGGAGCAAAAGCCACGUAGUUACCCAAGGGCGAAAACCAGAUCUGAUAAAUAUGGAAGAGGAAACACAGUCUCUUCAAGAAUUUUUCAAGAUAUCCAAAGAGAAUGAAUUACAUUCUAAUGAAAGAUUAAACUCAGAUUCUGUUAGCAUUGAGGUGGCAAAUGGCAGGUUGCUGGACACUAUAUCAGAAGAGGAAAGUAUGAAUAAUUGUGAAGAUGAUGUGCCUGGGACAGUAACACCAAAAAAUACGGAAGGAAAGGAGAACUACCAUGCUUUAUCAGAAGCACGUGAAGCUGGACAUUUGGUAGGCAGAAGAGAACAAGAUGAAUUUGGGCAAGAAGUUGGAUUUGAUGUUGAGCAAAAUGUUCAAUGCACGCAAAAUGAGGACAGUUACAGAAAUCAGAAACACCUAUCUGAUGUUAAUGAGCAGAUGGAAUAUGAUGGGAAUAAGGUGCUUGAAAAGUCCACAUCUCAGGAUAAGGAAGGAAGCAUCAUAGAUAUACAAGUACCAGCUACUUCACAUGAAAAGAAAGACAGUGAUGAAAUUGGUGGGAGUAGUAUGAUGAAGGUAAAAUCCACCAAAGAAACUCAGAAAUUUCCCAAUUUAGAAAUAUUCCAAGAUGUUAAUAUUCCACAGCCAGAAUCAACCAGUGAAACUAAUUUAAGUGGCAAAGGAGUCAUCCUUCCAGAAUAUAUGUCUGAGAUUAUUGGUCAAAGCAGGGAAAGUCAAGCUACUAUUGAAAGGGACCUUGAGGAGUUUGCAGAAAACAAACUUACAUUACAGUCCCUCAUUCAUGGUAAAGAAUCAGGAAUAAGUUUUGGUGCUGAUAGUGUUUUAUCUAGUAAUAGUGAUUCAGGGGUCACAGAGACAAAGAUAAUACAACCAGGUUCAGACUCCCUGUUUGUAGCAAAAGGUGGAAAUCAUCAUACUGCGAGCUUGACAUGUACAACUGAAAACAUAUGGUCUGAUGGUGAUGUAAUAGAAAAACCUUUCCAAGCAAGUCAUUCCUGUAUAACGAUAGACUCCAUUGAUCAGGAUUACCAAAAAAAUGAAACAGAUUAUCAAAUUCGAGGGCAAGAUGGCAAGAGAAAAGUGCUUAUAAAAGAAGAUGUAUCAAUUCCACCUGAGGUUAAACCACUUGAGAGAAGUGUAAGCGAAUAUGAUAAAGAUUUGAAAUGUUUUCCUGGUGAAGGUACUUGCCCAUUUCCAGAAAUCACAAGCAAUGAGGAAUAUGGUCAGAUAGAGAAGGUGAAGGAAGCAGGUAUAGAUCUUUCAAAUGAACCAAAGGAUUUACAUGUCUUAACAGUUAAGAAAAAUCCUGUUCAUUUGGAGAACCUUGGAGAAAUAUUUGACACAUCUGCUUCCAAAGUAGUAAGUGAAAUUUAUAUCAUAUCUGAAGGAAAUUCAAAUAAAGAAACUGAAAGUCAUUCUGACAAGUUUCUCAGUGAACCUGAGGAAGAAGUGGAUUUGUUCUCUUACUUGAAAAAAUGUGCAAAACAUAUAACGGUAAAAGAGAACUUGAACCCAGACAAAAGUGAUUCCUGUACCGCUGGGAAAAAUAAAAUCAUAGAGAAUGAUUCAAAGGUGGAACCCUCCACUGAAUUAAAUUCAGAUAUCCACAUCCCUAUUUUAACUUCUGACCUUUUAACUGAUAAACAGUUUCAAUCAGAAGUUAUUGGUACUAGCAAAAAGAAGAUAGGCAUUACUCAGGAAGAUGUGUGUAUGAAUGAGAUAGCUUUAAGUCUUAAUACUAAAGAACCAGACUUAGGAAAAGAAUCUGAGAUUACUCAACUAACUUCAGAAGAGGGAACAUCUACACUUUCAGAUUUGCCUCUUAGAACCCUAGAUAACGUGAGUAAAAAUGCCGAUGUGCAGACUGAACUUGAGAUACCUAUGUGUAAAAGGGAAAUUACAAACAAGGCCAGUGAUGUUUCUGACAUUGAAAUCUCAUCCUUGGAAAUAAAUAAUAAGAAAGAAGCAACUGGGCCACAGCCACUGAAAGAACAGACUUCUCCAGAAUCACAUGCAACAGAAAUGCAGACUCCUGAAUUAUCUUAUUUAUUAGUUGAUGACUUAAAGGAUAUUUUAAAAAGCAGGUUGAAAGGAGGCCAUAUAUUCUUUGGGGAAGAAGGUGACUUUUCCUCCUUUUCAGAAAGGAACAUUUUAGUGCAGAACUUACUUAAAAUGGUUGGCCUAACACCCUUGGGAAAAAAACCAUCCAGUAAGUUCAGUGACUCUAAAACAAGUGAUUACAGUACAGUUUCACAGAUGACUUAUCCUUCAGAAGUAAAACCAGAGAUCCAUGAAAAUCCAUCUCCCCUUUGGCCUGCAAAUCUAAGACCUGAGCUGCUCCUUGACAUUUUGAAACAGAGCCAGUGUGGCCAAAAGAUUUCAGGGGCAUUUGAAAUCAUGAAAGAAAUAGCCCCGAAUGAGAAUGACUCAGAGAGAAAUAAUAUUCAGUCAAAAGUUCUCCCAUUACAACUUGAAAAUAUCCUCCACAUCCUCCUUGCUGAUGAACAUUCCCCCAAAUUAGAACUGGUUGGCGAUCUAAACAGAAAUCUGCCUGCUAGUUUUCAGACUGAAGGUGAACAGACAUAUGGCCCCAGUGACAGUCCUAAAAUCAAGGAAGGCCAUGGCUCCUUUAACUCAGAAAACAUACAAGGAACUGACCUAAUAGCAUCAACACCAAGUGAAUCAUUGGAGUACAAUACAGGUUUCCAAAGUGAGCAGCCACUUGAGACAUUACACAACAUUUCCCCCAAUAAGUUGGAAUAUACUUUGGAUUCAAAAGAAGUUGCUUCUAGAAACAGUCCCUUGGCAAAAUUUCCUAGUGUAUUACAGCUGUGUUUGCAGCACACUGAAAAAAUGCAUGGGUAUUUGACAAUGCUUCAAGACAUGAAACUUCCUUUGGACAAUGAACAGCCCCUUGAUAACAAUCUAGAAACUUUGAAAAAUCAACUUCAACAAUUAGAGUCAUUUGAAUUGGGAUUGGCUCCAUUUUCUGCUCUUGUAAGAAAGGACAUGAAGUUGGCUGAAGAAUUCCUGAAUUCUCAUACCAGCAAUAUUCCCGAAAAACAUCUUGAGGACUUAAUUAUAAGCCACAAGAAAUUGCAAGCAGUGUUGUUGUCCCUGUAUGAUUUAUCUUCAAAAAGAACUAAACAAAUCACAUUAGCUAUAGAUUCUGAAAUGUCCAAACUGUCAGCUUCCCAUGAAGAAUUUCUACAUAAACUUCAGAACUUUGCAGAUUGGAUCACAGAGAGGAGGAAGACUGUGAAUGAUCUUGUGGAAGUUAGUGGUGAUGGGAAAAAUGUGAAGGAAACCCUGGGAUUGCUCAAGACUGUGUUAAAAGAACUUGGCCAUAGCAAAAUUCAGCUGGAGACUACAGCCUUUGAUGUCCAGUUUUUCAUUUCUGAAUAUGCCCAAGAUCUCUCUCCUAACCAAAGCAAGCAGCUGUUGAGGCUUUUAAAUACCACUCAGAAAUGUUUUCAUGAUGUACAGGAAUCAAUAACAGCCCAAAUGGAAAUUUUAGAGACUCAGUUGCACAUAGAACAAGAUCUCAGUGAUCAGAAGAUUGUGGCAGAACGGCAGCAGGAGUAUAAGGAAACACUCCAGGGAAUAUGUGAUCUCCUCACCCAGACAGAAAACCGCUUGAUUGGUCACCAAGAAGCUAUUGUGAUUGGCGAUAGCAAGGAUGAAUUAAAGCUAUACCAAACCAAACAAGAGGAGCUACAGAAAGAGAUGCAGAGAAGUGCACAGGCGUUGGCAGAGAAGGUGAAAAAUACCGAAAAGUUUUUGAUGGAGAAUGGAGAAAAACUAUCACAAGAAGACAAGGCAUUAAUUGAACAGAAACUCAGGGAAGCUAAGAUGAAGUGUGAGCAACUGAACCAGAAGGCUGAGCAGUCAAAAAAGGAACUAGAUAAGGCAGUAACCACAGCAAUUAAGCAGGAAACUGAAAAGGUUGCAGCAGUAGCACAGCUGGAAGAGAGUAAAAACAAAAUAGAAGAUCUUUUGGAUUGGUUAUCAAAUGUAGAUAAGGAGGGAGAAAGGGCAGGAAAGAAAUCUCACCAGGAGAUUGAACAAAAUGGAACUCAUUUUCAAGAAGGUGACCUCAAUUCCGUGAUUGGAGAGGAGGAUGAAGUAAAUGGUAAUUUGAUGGAAAUGGAUGUUGAUGGAAAAGUAAGAACCAUGGAGGAAAAUCUGAACCAACAAUACCAGAAAGUAAAGGCACAACAUGAGAAGAUUGUCUCUCAGCACCAGGCAGUUAUUAUAGCUACCCAGUCUGCACAAGCUUUACUUGAGAAACAGGGUCACUACCUGUCUUCAGAAGAAAAAGAGAAACUACAGAGGAACUUGAAAGAACUGAAGACUCAGUAUGAGACAGCCCUGGCAGAGUCAGAGAAGAAAGUGAAAUUGACCAACUCUCUUCAAGAAGAAUUAGAAAAGUUUGACACAGACUAUAGUGAGUUUGACAGCUGGCUGCAGCAAUCAGAGCAAGAACUUGAGAAUUUAGAGGCUGGUGCUGAUGACUUCAAUGGAAUAAUGACCAAACUAAAGAGGCAGAAGAGUUUUUCAGAAGAUGUCAUUUCUCACAAAGGUGACUUAAGGUACAUUACAAUUUCUGGACACCGAGUCUUAGAGGCUGCCAAGUCUUGCAGCAAAAGAGAUGGUGGAAAAGUCGACAAGGAUAAUUUUGACACUUCUGCAACAUAUAAGGAAGUACAGGGAAAAUUGGACCUUGCCAGUGAGCGUUUCAAAUCUCUGUAUACUAAGUGCAGUGUCCUUGGAAAUAAUCUGAAAGACCUGGUAGAUAAAUAUCAGCACUAUGAAGAUGCCUCUUCUGGACUUCUCUCUGGGCUCCAGUCCUGUGAGACAGCAGCAAACAAACACUUAUUGGAACCCAUUGCUACAGAUCCAAAAAAUCUCCAGCGCCAACUUGAAGAAACUAAGGUUCUUCAAGGGCAAGUAUCCAGCCACCAGGUUGCUGUAGAGAAACUGAAAAAAACGGCAGAAGUGCUUUUAGACACCAGGGGAGCUUUAUUGCCAGACAAGAAUGAUAUACAGAAAACACUGGAUGACAUUGUUGGGAAGUAUGAUAAUUUGUCUAAGUCUAUUAAUGAGCGGAAUGAAAAACUCCAGAUUACCUUAACCCGAUCCCUCAGUGUGCAGGAUGGUUUAGAUGAAAUGUUGGAUUGGAUGGGAAGUGUUGAAAAUUCUCUGAAGGAACAAGGUCAAGUGCCCUUAAACUCUGCUGCUAUUCAAGACAUCAUCAGUAAAAAUAUGAUGUUGGAACAGGAUAUUGCAGGUCGCCAGAGCAGUAUAAAAGCCAUGAAUGAAAAAGUGAGGAAAUUUAUGGAUACAACAGACCCGUCUACUGCAUCCUCUCUGCAAGCCAAAAUGAAGGACCUGUCAGUUCGAUUUUCAGAAGCCAGUAAAAAACACAAAGAAAAACUUGAUAACCUGGAGAAGCUAAAAACCAAAGUAGAAUCAUUUGAAAGACUUUCAGAAAAGCUUCAGUCAUUUUUCGAAACAAAAGCUCAGGAUCUUGUUGAAAUGGAUGAUCCAGGAAAAGAUGUUACAGAAUUGUCUCAGUAUAUUCAAGAGUCUAGUAAUGAAGUCUUAGAAUGCAAAAAAGAUCUUGACACUUUGCAAAGCCUCCUGAAAGAACUGUCUAUUCAUGGUUUUCCUGGGGAUAAGGCUUUACUUUUGGAAAAAACGAAUACUUUGUCAAAGAAGUUCAAAGAAUUGGAGGAUACCAUUAAGGAAAAAAAAGAAGCAAUAUCAUCUUGUCAAGAACAAACGGAAACCUUUCAACUCCUUGUCAGAUCUCUAAAGACAUGGAUGGAAGAAACAAUGGAAAAAAUUCCCAUCAUGCAGCCCUCAAUGGGUGCAGAUGAUUUAAAGAAAUCUUUGGAAGAAACUAAGCAAUUACAAGGGGAGUGGAGCUCAAAAGCACCAGAGAUUCAGAAAGUAAACAACAAAGGAACAUCAUUAUGUAACUUAAUAAGUGCUAUGACUUCCCCUACAAAGGCAAUAGCGGUGAUUAAAUCAGGUGGAACAGUAUUAAAUGGUGAAGGAACAACCUCAGAUAAACAGGAAUUCUUGACAAAUAAAGAAUUGACAUCCAUUAAAAAGAAAAUGGCUGACAUAAAUCAUGGUUAUGAAAAUCUUGGAGUCACAUUGAAGGAUAAAGUCUUUGAACUGGAUGCCAAACUCACAGUAUUGCAAAAGGCUCAGGAAGAAUCAAGUUCAAUGCUGCAAUGGUUAGAUAAAAUGGACAAAAAGGCAACAGGAUGGGAUACAACCCCUACAGAUAGUGAAGGUGUGAAGACGCAAGUUGAACAGAAUAAGACAAUUGAAACAGAACUGAAACAAAAUAUGAAUAAAGUUCAGGAGCUGAAAGACAAAUUGACAGAUUUGUUGGAGCAGAAUCCAGACUGUCCCGAGGCACCCAAGUGGAGACAGAUGUUGGCGGAGAUAGAUUCCAAGUGGAAACAACUCAAUCAGUUAACAGCUGAUAGACAACAAAAGCUGGAGGAAUCCUCAAAUAACCUAACCCAAUUCCAGACUGUAGAAGCUCAAUUAAAGCAGUGGCUUGUAGAAAAAGAACUGAUGGUCAGUGUGCUUGGGCCCUUAUCAAUUGACCCCAAUAUGCUUAAUACACAGAAGCAGCAGGUCCAGAUUCUACUAAAAGAAUUUGACACCCGGAAGCCUCAGUAUGAACAGUUAACAACAACUGGUCAGAGUAUUCUAAGCAAACCAGCUGAACACCAUCCUCUGCGUGCAACUGUGAAAGAACAGCUGACGGUUGUGGCCCAAAAGUGGGAUAGCCUGACAGGUCAAUUGAGUGACAGAUGUGAUCGAAUUGACCAAGCUAUUGUUAAAAGCACCCAGUAUCAAAGCCUGCUGAGAAACCUCUCUGAUAAGCUAAGUGACUUGGAUAAUAAAAUCAGCAAUAGUCUGGCUGUGAGCUCACACCCCAAUGCCAUGGAACAGCAGUUGGAAACAGCCCAGAAAAUGAAGCAGGAAGUAGAACAGGAAAUGAAGAAUAUAAAAGUGGCCCAGACCCUCUGUGAAGAGUUGUCAGCACUGGUUGGAGAGGAGUACUUAAAAGCAGAACUCAGUAGGCAACUAGAAGGAAUCUUAAAAGCAUUUAAAAAUAUUGAACAAAAAUCAGGAAAUCAUGUUCAGCAACUUCAGUCAACCUGUGCAAGCUCCCAUCAAUUUCAACAAAUGUCUAAAGAUUUUCAGGCUUGGCUGGGCACAAAGAAAGAAGAACAAAACCAAUUUCGCCCUGUAUCAGCCAAACUUGAUGUCUUGCAGGAAUUAAUUAAAGACCAGAAAGAAUUUAAGGAAGCUGUGACUGACCAUUCUGAUUCUUAUGAAAAAACUAUUGCAGAAGGUGAAAAUUUACUAUUAAAAACCCAAGAGACUGAGAAGGCUGACUUGCAGUUGCAGCUUAACACAAUUAAAACCAACUGGGAGGACCUUAUUAAGCAAAUGACAGAAAGACAAGAGAAGCUGAAUGAUUGUUUGGAGAAAGCUCUUAAGUACAGAGAACACGUAGACAACCUUAGGCCAUGGAUAGACAAAUGCCAAAAUACCUUGAUGGAAAUAAAGGUUUGCCCAGAUCCCGAGGAAACAGAGAAGUUGAUCACUAAGGUGAAGGCUUUGCAGAAAGAAAUGGACCAACGCUUUGGAAUGGUGGAAUUAUUAAAUAAUGCCGCAAAUAAUUUGAUCAGGCCAGUGAGCAGACAAGAGGUUGUUAGAGAAGAGAAUAAGAUAUUGAUCCAGAAAGUAGACAUGGUAACUGAACAGCUCCAUAGUAAAAAACAUUCACUGGAAAACAUGGCACAACAACUUAGAGAGUUCCAAGAAAAUAUCAGAGAAGCCCACAGGCAACUUAGGUGUGCCAAGGAACAGCUGGAAGUUCAUAAUUCCUUAGGACCUCAGGCCUGCAGAGGAAUAAAACACUUGACAGUUAUGCAGGCCCAGCAGAAAUCCGUCGUUCAGGCCUUGAAGCCGCCAGAUAGAAUCCAUCAGUGCCAAAAAAAGUUUGCCCAGGACCUCAUACUGGAAGCUUCAGAUUCAAAGGGAACCUCAGAUCUCUUGUUAGAGGGGCAGAAUCUUUAGAACAAGGAACACAGUGAAGUCAGCCAGCAAGUUGAAGAAAAAUGUUCUUUCUUAGAGGACGAAACGUCAGGCAUUGGCCAUUUCCAGAACACAUCCGAGAAAUGUUUUCAGUUUGCAGAAUUUGAUGAUGAACUGGACAGCAUGGCUUCAGUGGGAAGAGACAAAGACACACUGCAAAGGCAGAAGAGUGAUAUCAACUUUCUGAAGAAACUAGAAGACCUUAUCACUGACAACGAAAAUGCCAAUAAAACCUGCAAAAUGAUGUUAGCCACAGAGGAAACAUCUCCUGAUCUUGUUGUGAAUUAAGAGAGACUUAGAACUUUGAGCAAACAGUGCAAUAAAUUAUUGGUGGCAAAGGCCAGAGAGGAAGAAGUCGAAGGGACUAUUUCCCGACUUGAGGAAUUUUACAAUAAAUUAGAGAAAUUUCAUAAUCUUCUCCAGAAAGCCGAAGAACAUGAAGAGUCACAGGGCACUGUUGGAAUGGACAGAACAAUCAACCAACAACUUAAUGUUGUUCAAGCUGCCGUUCAAAAUGCCGGUGAAACCAGGAGCAGUUUGUUAGCUACAGAAUGUGGAGAAGUACAGUUUUGUAGUUCAAUUGAGAAGUGCAAUUUUCAAGACACUUAUGCUUUACCUUACUUCUCACUUUCUGGAUUAAAAGCCACAUUCUGUGUUUUAAGUAUUUCCAAAAUGGGGAAGCCACUCAGCAGACCAGACUGUUUACGUCAGAAUCCACCAUGUGUUGGGAAGGGUGAAGAGGAGGAGGAUCUAAACAUUGAGGACUGUUAUGUCCCACAGAGGUCAAUCUAUGAUACUGUCAGGCUGAAUGAACAGAUCGACUCUGGGUCUAAAGGUAGCCUGUCUUCCAGGCAUUUUACAGACCGGACCUUACCCUACAGUCACAGAACACUGGAUGUUGGGUUCUUGUGCUCUAAUGGUGCCCCAACUUCUUCCAGUGCAUUUGAGCUUAGAGGUCGGGAAGCUAACAAGUUAGAUGAAAAAAUGAUCUUCGAUGCGCUCAAAUUAAACAGUGAUAUUAUCCGGACCACAGCCUUACCCAAAGCAAAAUCUCACACAGAAAAGAAAGAGAAUAGGCGCUCUUGGAGAAUGUUUGUUCCACCCAACUUUACAGAUUAUGCAAACAAGAGUGAAAACUCAUUUGUCGAUUCUGCUGACUUGUCAGGUAUCUCUAAAGCAAGCAAGUGCAGAUGGGGCACUAAUUCUCUAACAUCUGAUGAAGAUGACUCUGGUUUAUGCAGCCCUCCAGCUGAGAGGGAAGAGAAACAGGACAUUUUGACUGGGACCCAAAAUCGAAUCAGAAGCUUGUCCUCAGCUGAAGAGAUCCAUGUAACAGAACAGUACAGACCUUUUAUUUCUGUUAAUUCCAGCAGUGAACAAAAAAUCCCCUUGCUUUCCAGUAGUAGUGACCAUAUAGACAAAAACCACAAAUUGAUUUUGCAUGCUGUUCCUCAACUAGAAACAACCGAAUUAAGUGAGCCACAGAAAUGUGAAAAGCACCAGAGAGAGAUCCAAGGUGAAUAUUGCCACGUACAGAAUGGUCUGACAGAGAGCACCAUGAGGCAAGAGACACUGCUUCUGCCAAGGAAUGGAGAGAGCAGCCAUGAUUCUGACCAUAGAGAAGGGGAAAAGAGAUGUGAGGUUUGUGAAGCAGAGGGACCGCAAAUGAUAAAACAUGAUAGGGAAUUUGUGAGUGAGUCUCCUCAGGCUUUAGACACCCAGCUCACAGAUGUGGCAGUGAAUAAUGUGGAUUGUGGCAGCCCAACUUUCUUCGAAAAUAUGAUACUCGAUGACUUAGACAAGUCUGAUGUUACACCUCCAGAAGAAUUUGAGGUGCAGUUUUCUGAUCAGGACAUGGAGUCUGACCACCCAAAAUCUUCUCCAGAAUCUACUCCUGUAAGAUGUAAAGCAGUCUCUUGGAAAUUAAGCACAAACUCAGAAACUUUGGAGUCAAUAUGCAAUGGCUUUCCAUCAGUUGAGGCUUUCCAGAAAGAAGAGAUUGAACCGUUACAGGUUAAACAACAAGAGGUCAAUUGGUUGGGUCAAGGCCUUGUUCAGAGUGCUGCAAAAAGUACUAGUACUGAGAACUUGGAGCAUGAUCUUGAAGAUGUUAAUGCACGGUGGAAGACCCUUAAUAAAAAGGUUGCUGAGCGAGCAGCUCAGCUACAGGAGGCUCUGCUCCACUGUGGCAGGUUCCAAGAUGCCCUGGAAUCUCUGCUUAGCUGGCUAGUUGAUACUGAAGAUCUUGUAGCCAAUCAAAAACCUCCAUCAGCUGAGUUCAAGGUGGUAAAGGCUCAGAUACAAGAGCAAAAACUUCUCCAGAGAUUGUUGGAUGACCGAAAGCCUACUAUUGAAGGGAUCAAGACGGAAGGGGAAAAAAUUGCAGCGACAGCAGAACCAGCAGAUAAAGUAAAGAUUUUGAAACAGCUGAGCCUCUUGGACAGUAGAUGGGAUGCAUUGCUUAAUAAGGCUGAAGCAAGGAAUCGUCAGUUGGAAGGGAUCUCCGUGGUAGCACAACAGUUUCACGAAACAUUAGAACCAUUGACGGAGUGGCUCACAACCACGGAAAAAAAGCUUACAAAUUGGGAACCCAUAGGAACCCAAGCUUCUAAGCUCGAGGAACAGAUUGCCCAGCACAAAGCCUUAGAAGAUGACAUCAUCAAUCACAAUAAAACUUUACAUCAGGCUCUUAGCAUUGGCCAGUCUUUAAAGAUUUUGAGCUCCAGGGAGGAUAAAGAUAUGUUGCAGGAAAAACUAGACUCCUUUCAAGUUUGGUACAUUGAGAUUCAAGGAAAAAGUCACAGCAGGUCUGAACUACUCCAUCAGGCCUUUUGUAAUGCUCAGAUUUUUGGCGAAGACGAAGUGGAAUUGAUAACCUGGCUGAAUGAAGUUCAUGACAAACUCAGCAAAUUGUCAGUUCAAGAUUACAACGUUGAUGGGCUAUCAAAGCAACAAUCUGAACUUCUGGCUCUACAAGAGGACAUUCUACUCAGAAAACAAAAUGUUGAUCAGGCAUUGCAGAAUGGUUUAGAGCUUCUGAAACAGGCAACAGGUGAUGAAGUCUUGAUAAUUCAAGAUAAAUUGGAAGGCAUUAAAGCAAGGUACAAAGACAUAACUAAAUUGAGUUCUGAUGUAUCUAAGACCCUGGAGCAGGCCUUGCAGCUUUCAGGAAAGCUACAGUCCACCCAUGAGGUGCUUUCUACAUGGCUUGACAAAGUAGAAAUGGAAUUACUUUCAUAUGAAACUCAGGACCUGAAGGGAGAAGAAUUAAGCCAAGCACAAGAAAGACAAAAAGAAUUGAAAAAAGAAGCCAAGAGUAACAAAAACUUAGUAGAUGCCCUUAAUGAAGUCAGCAGUGCGCUGUUGGAACUAGUGCCCUGGAGAGCAAGAGAAGGACUGGACAAAAUGGUGACAGAAGACAAUGAACGCUACAGAUUAGUAACUGACACCUUAGCUCAGAAGGUGGAAGAGAUCGAUGCAGCCAUACUGAGAUCCCAGCAGUUUGAUCAAGCUGCUGAUGCUGAAUUAUCCUGGAUUGCAGAAACUGAAAAGAAACUUAGGUCUUUGGGUGAUAUCAGACUUGAGCAAGACCAGACCUCAGCUCAGCUUCAAGUUCAAAAGGCAUUCACCAUGGAUAUUAUGAGACACAAGGAUAUUAUUGAUGAACUUGUUAAAUCUGGAGAUAAAAUCAUGAAUAGUUGUAGUGAAGAGGAGAAACAGUCUAUAAAGAAAAAAAUAGACAAUAUAUUGAAGAACUAUGAUGAUAUCUGCCAAAUCAACUCAGAGCGGUACCUUCAACUGGAACAGGCACAAUCUCUGGUCAACCAAUUUUGGGAAACAUAUGAAGAACUUUGGCCAUGGCUGACAGAAAUACAAAGGGUCAUCUCUCAACUUCCAGCUCCAGCUCUUGAAUAUGAAACUUUAAAACAACAGCAGGAAGAACAUCGGCAACUGCGAGAGUUGAUUGCUGAACACAAGCCUCAUAUAGAUAAGAUGAACAAAACUGGGCCCCAGUUACGAUUGAGCCAGGAGAAGGCUUUUUUAAUCCAAGAGAAAUACAUAGCAGCUGACAUUUACAGUCAAAUUAAGGAAGAUGUCAAAAAGAGAGCUGUGGCCCUGGAUGAAGCCAUUUCUCAAUCUACCCAGUUCCAUGACAAAAUAGAUCAGACCCUUGAGAGCCUCAAGCGCAUCGUUGACCGUUUGAGACAACCACCUUCAAUCUCAGCUGAGGUUGAGAAGAUUAAAGAACAAAUCAGUGAAAAUAAGAAUGUGUCAGUAGAUAUGGAGAAACUACAGCCAGUAUAUGAAACACUCAAACAGCGUGGAGAGGACAUGAUUGCUCGUUCUGAGGGGACUGACAAAGAUAUAUCUGCCAAAGCUGUUCAGGAUAAACUUGAUCAAAUGAUCCUCAUAUGGGAGGAAAUACACACUUUGGCAGAGGAACGGGAAGCUAAACUGUGUGGAUGUGAUGGAACUGGCUGAAAAUUCUGGUGUGAUCACAUGUCACUAGUAGUUACAACUAAAGAUACGCAAGAUUUCAUCCGGGAACUGGAAGGACCUGGCAUUGAUCCUGCAGUGGUGAAACAACAGCAAGAGGCUGCAGAGGUGAUAAGAGAAGAAAUCGAUGGAUUACAAGAAGAGCUUGAUAUGGUUGUGAACCUUGGUUCUGAGCUGAUAGCUGCCUGUGGGGAACCCGAUAAGCCUAUUGUCAACAAGAGUAUAGAUGAGUUGAAUUCAGCCUGGGAUUCUCUAAACAAAGCAUGGAAGGACAGGGUAGACAGACUGGAUGAAGCAAUGCAGACCUGCGUGCAGUACCAAGAUGGACUUCAGGCAAUAUUUGACUGGGUAGAUAUUGCUGGUGGUAAAUUGGCUUCAAUGUCACCAAUCGGAACUGAUCUGGAAACUGUGAAGCAACAAAUUGAUGAACUCAAGCAAUUUAAAUCAGAGGCCUAUCAGCGCAAAAUAGAAAUGGAAAAACUAAACCAUCAAGCAGACGUCUUAUUGAAGAACGUUACAGAAGAGAGUGAUAAACACACUGUCAAGAUCCCCUUGAUGGAACUCAAAUUGAUUUGGGACAGCUUAGAUGAGCGCAUUAUCAAUAGACAGCAUAAACUUGAGGGUGCUCUUUUAGCUCUGGGACAGUUCCAACAUGCUCUGGAUGAGUUAAUGACAUGGUUGACACAUACUGAGGAUUUGCUAAAUGAACAGAAACCAGUUGGUGGAGAUCCCAAAGCCAUUGAAAUUGAACUUGCCAAGCAUCAUGUGCUCCAAAAUGAUGUGUUAGCUCAUCAGUCUACAGUGGAAGCUGUUAAGAAAGCAGGAAAUGACCUAAUUGAAUCAAAUGCAGGAGAAGAAGCAAGUACUCUCCAGAGCAAACUCGAGGUUUUAAAUCAACGCUGGCAGAAUGUAUUGGAAAAAACACAACAAAGGAAAAAACAGCUGGAUAGUGCUUUGCACCAGGCACAAGGGUUCCACGGAGAAGUUGAAGAUUUACAUCAGUGGCUGACUGACACUGAGCGUCACUUGUUGGCAUCAAAACCUGUUGGAGGAUUACCAGAAACAGCCAGGGAACAGCUUAAUACCCACAUGGAACUCUGUGCUGCCUUUGAAGUUAAAGAAGAAACAUAUAAGUGCCUCAUGCAGAAGGGCCAGCAGAUGCUUGCAAGAUGCCCAGAGUCUGCAGAUACGAAUGUUGACCAAGACAUAAAUAACUUGAAAGAAAAAUGGGAAUCUAUAGAAGCCAAACUCAGUGAAAGAAAAGCUAAACUAGAGGAUGCCCUUAAUUUGGCCAUGGAGUUCCACAAUUCUCUUCAGGACUUCAUCAACUGGCUUACCCAGGCUGAACAAACAUUGAACCUAGCUUCUCGGCCAAGUCUGAUCUUAGACACUGUCUUAUUUCAAAUUGAUGAACACAAGGUCUUUGCCAAUGAAGUAAAUUCCCAUCGUGAUCAGAUCAUAGAGCUGGACAAAAAUGGAACCCACCUAAAGUAUUUUAGCCAAAAACAAGAUGUUGUCAUCAUUAAAAAUCUCCUGAUUAGUGUACAGAGUCGAUGGGAAAAAGUUGUUCAGCGAUUAGUGGAAAGAGGACGAUCUCUGGAUGAUGCACGGAAGAGAGCGAAGCAGUUCCAUGAAGCAUGGAGCAAACUCAUGGAAUGGCUAGAAGAGUCCGAGAAAUCUUUGGAUUCAGAGCUUGAAAUCGCCAAUGAUCCAGAUAAAAUAAAGACACAACUUACACAACAUAAAGAGUUCCAGAAAGCACUUGGAGCAAAACAUUCUGUCUAUGACACCACAAACAGAACCGGACGUUCUCUGAAAGAGAAAACCUCUCUGACUGAUGACAAUUUAAAACUGGAUGAUAUGUUAAGUGAGCUCAGAGAUAAAUGGGACACUAUAUGUGGGAAAUCUGUGGAAAGGCAAAACAAACUGGAGGAAGCCCUGCUAUUUUCUGGACAGUUCACAGAUGCCCUGCAGGCUCUCAUUGAUUGGCUAUAUCGAGUUGAACCUCAGUUGGCAGAAGAUCAGCCGGUCCAUGGAGACAUGGAUUUGGUGAUGAAUUUGAUAGAUAAUCACAAGGUCUUCCAAAAGGAGCUGGGGAAAAGGACAAGCAGUGUGCAAGCUCUCAAGAGGUCAGCUCGGGAACUCAUUGAAGGCAGCCGUGAUGACUCCUCUUGGGUUAAAGUCCAAAUGCAGGAAUUAAGUACCCGGUGGGAGACUGUAUGUGCAUUAUCAGUAUCAAAACAGACACGGUUAGAAGAAGCCUUGCGCCAGGCAGAAGAAUUUCAUUCUGUGGUGCAUGUCCUGCUGGAGUGGUUGGCUGAGGCUGAGCAGACACUUCGAUUCCAUGGCCUGCUCCCAGAUGAUGAAGAAGCACUCCGGAACCUCAUUGAUCAGCAUAAAGAAUUCAUGAGGAAACUGGAAGAGAAAAGAGCUGAACUAAAUAAAGCAACAGGUAUGGGAGAAGCUGUCCUGGCUAUCUGCCACCCUGACUCCAUCACCACCAUCAAGCACUGGAUCACCAUCAUUAGAGCCAGGUUUGAGGAGGUCCUGGCAUGGGCGAAGCAGCAUCAGCAGAGACUAGCAGUGCCCUGGCUGGAUCAUAUCGCUAAACAGGAAUUGUUGGAAGCUUCGGCUUGGUUGCAAUGGGCAGAGACCACACUCAGUGAGAAGGACAAAGAAGUCCUCCCUCAGGAGAUUGAAGAGGUGACCCUCAUAGCAGAACACCAGACUUUCAUGGAGGAAAUGACCAGAAAACAGCCUGAUGUGGACAAAGUUACUAAGACCUAUAAGCGAAGAGCAGCUGAUCCCUCUCCGUUACAAUCACAUCUUCCUGUCUUAGAUAAGGGGAGAGCAGGAAGGAAGCGUUCCCCAACAUCAAGCUUAUAUCCUUCUGGCUCACAGACACAAAUUGAAACAAAGAAUCCCAGGGUAAACUUAUUAGUGAGUAAAUGGCAGCAAGUCUGGCUUCUAGCUUUGGAAAGAAGAAGAAAACUUAAUGAUGCCUUGGACAGACUGGAGGAGCUGAAAGAAUUUGCCAACUUUGAUUUUGAUAUCUGGCGUAAGAAAUACAUGCGGUGGAUGAAUCACAAGAAAUCUCGAGUAAUGGACUUCUUCAGGCGGAUUGAUAAAGAUCAAGAUGGAAAAAUAACACGACAAGAAUUUAUUGAUGGAAUUCUUUCCUCUAAAUUCCCAACCAGUCGCCUGGAAAUGAGUGCAGUUGCUGAUAUCUUUGACAGAGAUGGUGAUGGCUACAUUGACUACUACGAAUUUGUUGCAGCACUUCAUCCCAAUAAGGAUGCUUAUAAGCCUUUGACAGAUGCAGACAAAAUUGAAGAUGAGGUGACAAGGCAGGUAGCUAAAUGUAAAUGUGCAAAACGAUUCCAAGUGGAACAGAUUGGAGAUAACAAAUACAGGUUCUUCCUGGGAAAUCAGUUUGGGGACUCCCAACAACUUCGUCUUGUUCGAAUCUUGCGAAGUACUGUGAUGGUUCGUGUUGGAGGUGGAUGGAUGGCACUUGACGAGUUCUUAGUGAAAAAUGAUCCUUGUAGGGUUCAUCAUCAUGGGAGUAAAAUGUUACGUUCGGAAUCAAACUCUUCAAUUACUACUACUCAGCCUACUAUAGCUAAAGGAAGAACAAACAUGGAACUCCGUGAAAAGUUCAUUUUAGCCGAUGGUGCCAGUCAGACAACUAUGGCAGCUUUCCGCCCUAGGGGGCGGAGAUCACGACCAUCAUCUAGAGGCGCUUCCCCCAAUAGAUCAACUUCAAUGUCCAGCCCUGCUGGUCAAGUGGCCUCACCUCCAGCCCCCAUGAUGAGCACCCCUAAGAUAGUCCAGCCUUUAAUACGCAAUUAUGGUAAACCAUGGUUGACAAACAGCAAAACGUCAACUCCUUCUAAACCAGCAGAAUCCUCAGACUUUCAAGUGUCAUCUGCAGAGGGAACACCGAUACAGGGAAGUAAACUUCGACUUCCAGGAUAUUUAUCAGGGAAAGGGUUCCAGUCAGGGGAGGACCCCGGAUUGAUAACAACUGCAGCUACCCGAGUCCGAACACAGUUUGCAGAUACCAAAAGAACUCCUAGCAGACCUGGAAGUCGAGCUGGGAGCAAAGCUGGGAGCAGGUCAAGCAGUCGCCGAGGUAGCGAUGCCUCUGACUUUGAUAUUUCAGAAAUCCAGUCUGUGUGCUCAGAUAUGGAGACUGUGCCUCAGACCACCAGACCAACCCCCCGAGCAGGUUCUCGACCAACUACAGCCAAGCCUUCCAGAAUCCCCACCCCCCAGAGGAAAUCACCUGCCAGCAAACUGGACAAGUCCACCAAAAGAUAGUGCGAUUGGUUCUGCUAUGGGCCUUCCUUGUGCAUUUACUAUUUAAGUUUGUAAGAUGUAAAAUAUGAUGUAGAGAUUAUUGUGAAAUAUUGCAAGAGGUGAGUUUUAAAUUCUGCAGAUGGCCUUAUUUUGUGUAUUUAUCUUGUUCUUUUACCUGUAUAAUUUUUUUGUCAGAUAUUUUGGGGGUUAUACCACAUCACAUGUGAAGGGAAAGAGUUUUUAACAAAGACUAACAUUUGUACACAGCAAUGUGUAGAACUUACACGUGAAACUCAAUUCCUGUAUGUACAGGUAAGUCUGUGACCUGACUGAGAAGGGCCGCAUCACUGCAUCAUUAGCUAACCGCUAGGGAUACCUCAUGACAUAUCGAGUUUUGUUUUGUUUUUUUUUAAAAAACAAAAACAACCGUCAAAAGCCAAAAGACACAAAGCGAUCUAUUUUGAGAUUAUUAAAAUGAACUUCAAAAGAUGGGCGACAAAAAAAACAAAAACCAACCAACCAAACACCAUCUCUAAUACACAUACCAAAAAACCAACAACACAAAGAAAUCAACACAUUCACAUUACUGUUAUUUAAACAGGAUCUGUCAGAGAACUUACUUCUCUGGAAGUAACUUCAAGCACUUGCCAUUCUAUAAAACAACUCCAAUACCUUGCAGCAUUUCUGUGCCAUUGCUUUAAAUGAGUCCAGAGACCUCCUGGAUAUUAGAAAUAUUACCCUAUAAGAAUAUCAAUACAAAGUGCAUUCAUUUCAAUGUGAGGUUUUCUUUUGCUUGACUGGAUGGUAGCACUGUAUCAUUGAACUCAUUUUGUAUCAAAGCAACUUUGCUUGCAGAAAACUAUGAAAUAAAACAUGUCCCUUAACUACAAUGCUAUGGAAUUAAUUUUUUCCCCAGGGAAAAAUUAGUACUACAUUAUUUUUAUGGGUAAUAAUAAUUUGGAGUGACCAAAAGAGACUUUUAAAAAAAAUGGGUUGGUCUUAAUUUCCCACCUUAAAUAAUUACAUUCUGAUAUCAUGUCUAUAUUUAAUAUAUAUACGUUUUAAUUUAUUAUGUAUAUUCACAUAAUAUAGAAAUGUUAGUAUGCAUUUAAUAAAACAUAUUCACUUGUACACAUCA